GGAAAAACAACAUACCUGAUUCGUGUGGUAUUAAUCACAAUUCGUGGCAGCAAAUUGAAGUGGCUAAGUGCUUUUCUCGGACUUGAAUCUUCCAGUACUCCUCGGUGUGGAGUCACGUAGAGGAGAGAGCUUCAUUCUGACUUAGGUUUUGCUCGACAAACAACCAACACUGCUUCACUCCCAAACGAAACCAAACACCAACACUGCUAGAGUCUCACCGGCGGCUUCACCCUGCCGUCGUUGCUUCACUGCCGCCUUCCGUGCCUUCCGCCGUUUCUUCACUGCGCUGCCCCUUCACUGCGCUGCACUUCACUGCUUCACUCCUUCUUGCUGUACUCCCUUUUUAGAGCCGCCGCCCACGGCCAAGGAAGUCGUCCACGCUGCCGCCCACUCACUCCUUCACGCCGCCGCCCACUCACUCCUUCACGCCGCCGCCCACUCAGCCGCCCUUGUUCAUUGUAGUCUCUCCUCUCUUAGUAGCGUCAGGCAUGGAUGAAGAUCAACACGCAAAUUCAGGUCCUUCUAACAAAUCACCAAAUCAAGUGCCCCAAAAGCAAAAAAAGAAGCCAAGAGGCCCUACAAAAGGAAUAAAAUCCAUGCCCGGGGUUCCAAGAAAAAUUGAAUGGGAUCACUUGGACCGACCCACAGGGAAAUGGGCAACGGAUUACAAGAAUCACAUUGGCGAGAUAAGUCGCGCAAAGGUUUCAAUAUUGAUCAGAACCUGGGAAGAUGUUUCACAAGGAAUAAAAGACACUUUGUGGGAAGACGUCAAGAGAGAAUUUCAUAUCACAGAUGAAACUAAGAAAGAAGUUGUCUUAAAGAGUUGUGAUAAGCGUUGGAGGGAAUUCAAAUCAAGAUUGACGACUGGUUGGAUUCGGGGUACAAGGAAAAGGCCAAAAGAUGAAAAGAUGCCAUAUGAUUUGUAUAGUUAUAUAACUAAGGAUAUAUGGAAGGAAUUUGUGAAGAUACGUACCUCCGAAGAAGCUGAGGAAAUAAGUGAGAAAGCAAGACAAAGUCAAUCUUUCAACAUAUAUCCUCAUCAUAUGGGACAGAAAUCAUAUGCUGAAAUGACAAGUGAAUGGCAGAGAAAAGGGUACAUUCCCUCAGUUUCUUCGUCAUCUGAAGGUUCCUCUGCGUCUACAAUUUCUUCAAGUUUGCCGAGUAGGACAUGUUUAUGGCUUCUUGCAAGAUCGAAACCAGAUGAGAAAGGAAAUCCUUACUUGCCGGAUGAGGGCACACAAAAAGAUGAAUGGAAAAGGAAACAAGAUGAAGGGGAAUUUGUUCCCAAAAGUGCACGAGAUGAUGUCUUAUCUCGUGCACUUGGUAAGACUAAAGAAGGGAGACCACUAACAUUUGGUGGUGGAGUAGGCAUCAAAGCUGUGUGGGGGACCGGAGAGCGGCGUAGCUUUCGACGGUAUGGAGAUGCGGAGAUGGAGGAAAUGGAAGCAAGAGUGACCAAAAGGGUCAAAGAUGAGACAAUACAAGAGAUGAACUCCAAGAUGGAUGCCAUGGUCAUGGAGAAAUUUAUCACAUUUGCUAAAGAACUUGGUGUCCAAAUACCAAGCCAUAUGAGGAUAGACGCAAAUGUUCAUAGUAGUUGUCGUUCCGGGGGUUUAGAUCCAUUUGCCGACAUUACGGAACCUGUCCCGUGCCAUCUAUACCUGAACAUAGGCUCGGAGAAAGUCUUUGUUGCCUAUGGUACCAUAUGUCCAGAGUUGCUCCUUGAUCACCACAACGACGUCACGUCCGAUAACGUGAAAGUGAGCGUUGAUGAUUUUGAGCCCGCGUACAAAGAAGCUCCCGUCCCCGUGCCUUCUCAAUAUAUUAAGAAACUUGCUCAAGCUCAUGGUACCUUCACUCAGUGGCCAAAACAUUUGGUGUCGCUUACGAAUGAGGAGGUAAACAAGCCUACAAGUAAAGAGCCUAAAGGGAAAGGGAACAAAGGGAAAGAGAUAGUGGUUGGGGGAAGUGGAACAAAAGCGUCCAACACUAAAUCAAAAACCUAUUUCCUUGAAAAUUAUAAAGUGCAAAAUUUGAGUGGUAAGUGCAAUGUGAUGAAAACUAUGAUGUUGGGAUUAAAAGAAGGGGAGCACGUUAAGGUACAUUGCACUAAAAGGACAUUCAAUAUGGAAAAGGACUUUGAAAUUAGUGUCACCGUUGAAGACACCGAUCAACUUCUCUCGGGAGCAUGGCUCAAUAUAUCAAUAAUACAAGUUUUUGCUACGGCUUUGAGUGAGUUGUGUUUUCACGAUGAUUGUCACCCCAAUAGUAUUGGAUUCAUGUGCCCGGAGAUGAUCUCGGCCACCAUGUUAAAGUCCGAUGCAGAUCGAAUUCUAUUGUACAUGACGAGGUCCAUGAGUGCACUUAGUUCUAAGACAUUCAUCUUAUGUCCAUACUACGAAAAGAGUCACUGGAUGCUUUUAGUUCUUUGCUUGUCUAAACGUGAGGUCUACAUAUUUGAUUCUCAACAGAAGAAGAGAAAUUUGAUGAUUAAGGAGCCACUAAACAAUGCUUUUCGGAGUUACAAGAGACUAGGUGGACAAUCUAAGUGAACUAAAUUAACAUGGAUUCCAGCACAGUGUGCUCAACAACCGGGAUCACUAGAUUGUGGCUACUACGUCAUGCGUUUUAUGUACGACAUAAUAAUGAAUCAUGGUAAUAGUCAAGAUCUUACUAAGGAUUUUUCAAGAACAUUGCCUUAUUCAGCGGAGGAGAUUAAUGAGGUGAAAGAUUUUUGGGCAGAUUACUUCAUGAACAAUGUCGAAUUUUUAGCUUAAUUUGUAAUAUGAACUUGAUCUCUAGCUAGCUACGUACCUUUGUUGUAAUAAUUUUAUGUUUGUUGUAACAUGUUGGUUGAUCGAUCUAUGACGAAUUUAAUUGCCUUUUAUUGGGAACGUUAAUUACGUUGUAAACUUUUGUGACAGGUAUUAAUUAUAAAUGUAUUCCCGGUAUUGGGAAUGAA